AUGCCUCCACGACAACAAUUAGCCGCUAGAAAGGAAGCUGCGCGUCAUCAUCGCGUAAGCCUAGAAAAUGCUUUCAUCUCUUUGGCUAAUAGAGCUGUUUCUUCGGGUAGUGGGCAGUCUGCUUUCGACCGGUUUGACCGUCACAGGCCCCCUACUUAUGAUGGUGUUGCUGAUCCUGUGGCUCUGGAAAACUGGUUAAGGGAGAUGGAGAAGCUAUUCACGGCAACAAACUGCUCUGCUGCCAAGAUGGUACCGAUUGGGACGUACUAUUUGAAGAAAGAGGCGGAUAAUUGGUGGAGUACGGUGAAGGAUGCAUGUAUGGCUACAACGGGUUUUGGGUGGACCCAGUUCUCCACCAAGCUGAAAGAGAGAUUCUACCCUGAUGAGUUGCGCUGGCAAAAGCAGGAAGAAUUUCUAUCUCUGACUCAAGGGAGUAUAAACAUCCAGAAGUACACCGACCGCUUCACGGAGCUGUCUAAAUUUGCUGGGGUUACUACAUUUCAAGCUGCUUAUGAGAUGGCCCUUAGUGUUCAUGCAUUAGUGAGAGAGGAAGAAGCUGUUAAGGCCGCAUCUGUAAGGAAGCCUUUUCCGUCUGUUGCUCCUGGUCCGGCUAAGAAGCCGAGAGAGGCGGGUCAUAAGAGUUAUGAGUGCCCCAAUAAUCCGAGGGCUACAGCUAAGCCCCCUGUUCCUCCUAGUCUUUCUGCUCCGCCAAAGAAUCGGGUUUACAGUAUGACUCAUUCCGACGCCAAUGUUCAUCCCGACGUCAUCUCUGGUACCUUUCUUGUUAAUUCUGUUCCUGCUUCUGUGUUGUUUGAUUCUGGUGCUUCUGUGUCUUGUGCGUCUAAUUCGUUUGCCAAGAAAACUAAUUUGACUUCGAGUUCUCCUAUUCGGACUCUUAUUUCUCUACCUUCUGGGGAGAACUAUCCUUGUUUGGCCGAGUAUUGUGGAGUGCCUAUCUUUGUGUUGGGUAUUGAUCUGCCUGCCGAUCUCAAGGCAUUCUCCAUGGUCGAGUUUGAUGUUAUUUUGGGCAUGGAUUGGUUGUUCAAGUAUCGUGCUCAGAUUCAUUGCCGCGAUAAAAAAGUGACUCUUCGUAGUCCUUGUGGCAAGCGUAUCUCCUAUAGUGGGGUGGUGUUGAAGAAGGGAGUAAAGAUCGUUUCUGCUCUCAAAAUGCAAAGGCUCCGUCAGAAAGGGGAGCAAGUGUUCCUCUGUAUGGUGAAAGAUUUGACCCAAGAAGCGAAGUUAGAGGACAUCCCUGUUGUUCGUGAGUAUCUGGACGUAUUUCCUGAUGAGCUACCGGGUAUCCCUCCUGAAAGAGAAGUUGAGUUCAGCAUUGACUUGACUCCUGGUACUGCUCCUUUGUCAAACGCCCCGUAUAGGAUGGCGCCUGCUGAGUUGUAA